AAUAUUUAAUAUGCUACAAUUAAUUAGGGUAGGAAAGAGACAGUUAGUGUGUAUCCCUUCCUUUAAUUAUAAAUUAAGAAGGCCAGCCCCCAAGAUGUCAGAAUACGAUAAAGAAAGGAUUGAAUAUAAAAAUUUAAUGAAUUAGGUAGGAAAUUAGUGAUAUCAAAGUAUAGGUCAAGAAUCGUCAAGGACUUUUGGGAAGAAUAAACAAAAAUUGAAAAUCAGUAUAUUGAUGACUAUUUGGCUAAAGAAAAAGCAAAAUAAGAGAGACUUGAAAUUCAUAGAAGAAAUUAAACUGUGAUCUAAACAUUUAAUGCAACAUAAUAAUUCUAUAAGUUAUAGGAUAUUAGAAGGAUAAGAAAUGAAAGAGUCAAAAAAUAUUUAGUUGAAUAAGACAUUAAAAAAAUGAAUAGGCAAUAAAUAAUUAGAGUAUUAAAUGAAGAAUCUAAAAAUUGGAUUUCAGAUAAGAAUUCUUAUGAAAAGCUUGUAGGAAACUUAAUUAUUCCAGAUACAGUUUUAGAUGAGAUGUCAUAUUAUCAUGAUUUAUAAGAAAAAGCAAUUCUUUUCGAAACAGCUUAAUAUGAUGAAAUUGAUAAGUAAUAUAAUCAAUUUAUAAAUUAGAUUGAAUGAUCCUAAUAUUUAAUUAGAAUGGAAGAAUAGACUUGGUAUGCCAUUAUAUUAAAGAAUUGUAACUUUAAUCAAAUUUUUAAAAUAAGAUAAUGUAUUGGGAAAUUUGAAAUUUGAAUGGGAUACUUGUUAAGCUAUUAUUUUAACAGAUAAAAAAUUAAGUGAAAAAGAAAUGGCAGAAUAAUUAGAUAAAGUAAAUGGUGCAUUUGAAAGUGUAAUUGCAUAAAAGAUAGAAGAACUUGAAUCAAAUCCGAUUAAAAGAUUAUAAGAAAUGAAUAAAUAAUUAAUAAGAUUAUACAAUCUUCUUGAAUUAUGGGAUAAAUAUAUAACAAUAGUAAAAAUGGAUAAUUCAACUGCUAAAUAAAUUAUGUAAGCAGCAAAAGCUUAGAUUAAUCUAUUUGAAUCUGAAGGUGGAAAAGAUUAUAUGAUAACUUCUGAUAAUAAUCUUAUUGAAUAAAUAAAUGGGAAAGGAGAAGCAUUGAAAGAAGAAAAAGUUAAAGAAGAAAGAGAUUAUAAAUAUAUAAGUGCAGAUGAAACUCAUACAGAUAGUGAAGAUAUAGAUUUAGAAAAUUUAUUAUAAAAGAAAGAAACAAAAGAUAUCUAUGGUGGUAGAACAACAAAAACUUAUAAUUUUGAUACAGAAAGAAUUAAAGAUAAAGAUAAAGAGUUUUCUAAUUUAGUAGAAGAUUUAUUUGCUAAAGCUGAAACAAAAGCAAAAGAAGCAAAUCUAGAAUUUGAAGCAAAUUAUAGAAAGAAUCCUCAUUUAAAAGUAUUUUAUAAUGACAAUUUAAAUACACCUAAUUUACCUGAUGCUAAAUCAGUUUUUGAAGGAGUAGAUUUAGAAGAAUUAUUUCCUCCUGAAAUUCUCAAAGAUUAAACGAAGACUCCUUAUCUUGAUUUCAAAAAUGUAGAAGAUAUCGAAAAUCAUUAUUAUGAAUUAGUAAGAUCUUCAAUUUAAUUCUUUAUAGAAAGCCAUCUAUAGUCUUAGAAAACAAGGAGAAUAGAAUGUUAUUGUUAAUCCAGAUGUACAAAAAUUCAAUACCACAGUCACUGCUUAAACUUAUAAAUAAAUUCUAAAUAAUCUUGAUGUACCAGAAGAAUAUGCUAAAUUAAAAUAAGAUACUCAAAAAUUAGUAGAUGCAGUAGGAGAGAUUAAAGUUACUGAUGCUGAUUUCUUAUUGAAGAUAUGGAAUUAUUAUAAUUGAUGAUUAA